AUGAAAGGGAAGGGAAAGAAGCUUCGAAAGAGGGAAAAGGCGAUGGAGUCCGGCUCUGUCGAGGAUGUCCUGCGGAUUGACGUACAGAAUCUCAUCGUGUCUCUCAACCAGGAUAAUGAUGGCGUGGCAGAAGGAGAGAAUGCCGCCCCAGAAUUAGAAACUGAAAAUCUGCCAGAGCCGGGCACCGAGAUCGAUGUUAAAGUGGUCGAGCUUUCAUCAACCGGAGACGGUCUGGCCUUACAUGAAGGCUCUAAGCGAGUAUAUGUCGUGCCCUUCUCCAUACCAGGCGACACCGUCAAGGUGAAGAUAUUUCGCCACGUGCUGGACGAGAGCUACUCCAUAGCGGAUUUUAUCUCUGUCGUAACUCCGUCAGAGCUUCGCGACGACAGUCGCAUCGGAUGCAAGUACUUUGGAAAGUGCUCCGGCUGCCAAUUCCAGAUGAUGGACUACAGCGAGCAGUUAAAACAUAAGAAGCGCAUCGUGGAGAAGGCCUUCCGCCAUUUCUCCCAGCUACCUCCUGAGCUUAUCCCCGCUAUUCAGGACACCAUCGGCAGUCCGCUCCAGUACGGUUACCGGACUAAACUAACGCCACACUUUGAUGGUCCCCCCUCCUGGCGUAAAAAUAGAGAGCCCUUCACGAGUCGUCCCCCUAUCGGCUUUAUGCUCAAGGGCACACAUCAGACAUUAGAUAUCGAGGACUGCCCUAUUGGCACUGACGUUGUCCGUCUCGGUAUGAAAAACGAGCGCGCACGCAUGGAGGUGGAGUAUGGCAAUUACACGCGAGGCGCUACAAUUCUUCUACGCGAAAGCACAAGGCGUAUUCCGAAGAACGAAAGUAGACCUUCAUCUUCACCAAAAGCCAGGUCGAAAUCGCCGUCACCCCUACCACCCGACAACGCCGCCGUCAAAGUGGAAACAGAGUCGUACACGGACGUAAAGACCUGCGUGACGAGUAACACAGCUACGUCGACGGAAUACGUCGGCCCUUACGUCUUCUACAACCCAGCCGGGUCCUUCUUCCAGAACAACAAUUCCAUCCUCCCCGUCUUCACCGACUAUGUCCGGCAACACAUCCUCCCUCCCCCCUCCUCCCCUUCCUCUUCUCCUUCUUCCUCCCAACCAAUCAAAUAUCUCGUCGACGCCUACUCCGGCUCCGGGCUCUUCACCAUAACCCUGUCGUCCCUCUUCAGCGGCGGCAGCGUCGGCAUCGACAUCAGCGACGCCUCCAUCAAGUACGCGACCGAGAACGCCGCGGCCAACGACCUGCCGCUCUCGCGCGUGCGGUUCAUCGCCGCCGACGCCAAGGACCUGUUCACGCCCGCCAUCCGCAGGGCGUACCCCGGCGACCAGACCGCCGUCGUCAUCGACCCUCCCAGGAAGGGCUGCGAUCAGGACUUCCUGAGCCAGCUGCUGCGCUUCGCGCCCCGCCGCGUCGUGUACGUCAGUUGCAACGUGCAUACGCAGGCGCGCGAUAUAGGCGUUCUCGUGAGGGGCCUGGAGGGAGAAGGGUCCAAGGGCACGAGGUACUCGAUCGAGAGUAUCCGCGGGUUCGACUUCUUCCCGCAGACGGGACAUGUUGAGGGCGUUGCUGUGCUGAAUCGGGUGGAUGAGUAG